AUGAGGGAGAGUCAAGGGAGGCAUGGAGCAGAAUCCAGUAGUAGGAAGGGUAGGGCAACUCAGAGUUGGAACUUCUUAUGGGAAUUGAAUGUGAAGCAUAAGCUGAAGCAUUUCAUUUGGAAAUGCCUGCAUGGCAUUUUACCAGUAAAUGCAGUUGUUAAGGAUAGUAAUAAGGGUGAAGGUGAGAUUUCCAAUGGCUGGAGUUUGGCUCAGAAGGGCUGGAUUAAGAUAAACUCAGAUGCUGCAUUACAGCAGAAGGAAGGUUUGGCAGGUUGGGGAAUGGUUGCAAGGGAUUGGAAAGGGAAUGUUCUAGGAGCUUGGGCAAUACCAAACUCUAGUUGUUCCAAUCCAAAGCUAGAAGAAUCAAUGGCAUUAAGAGCAGCCAUGGUGAAGGCGAAGCAGCAAGGAUGGAGAAGGGUGAUGUUUGAAUCAGAUUGCCUUAUGGUGGUGGAAGAGAUUAACAGGGAGCAGACUAAUGUGAUACGAUCAGUAGUGUUAUCUGAUAUCUGGAAACUUAGAACAAAAUUUGACGAAUGUUGUUGUACUUUUACCCGAAGAGUAAACAACUCUGUUAGUCACACACUUGCCAAAAUGGCAUUAAAGUUGAGAGAACAAACUGAAUGGAAGGAUGUCUUCCCAGACUGGCUGCUUGAGCUGGGGCAAGCAGAUGUUGCGGGCCGUCGCCCAUCUUUUAUGUAA